UCCUCGACACUCUUGUUCUCCUCCUCUAUAUAACUCCCUUUCAAAUCUUCUUCCAUAUAUAACAUCUCUUCUUUCAAAUUCCCAAAUUCCUCUGCUCCCUUUUCCAUUUCAAUCGGUUUCCUGUUCUCUGAUCGACUUAAUUUGAAAUCCAUCGUCAAAUUCUGCGAAACCCUAACUCAAGAUCUCACUUUCAAUCAAUUUCCCAACUGGGUGUCCAGAUAGUUGGAGAAACAGUGCUUUCUUCUAGUCUAAGUAGUGAGGGGAUAAGGAAGAGGAAUUGAUGGCGGAUCAAGCGUUUGAAGGUGGGCAACCGGUUGAUCUCACCAGGCAUCCAUCUGGAAUUGUGCCUACUCUUCAAAACAUAGUGUCUACUGUCAAUCUGGACUGUAAAUUGGAUCUGAAGGCGAUUGCAUUGCAGGCUCGAAAUGCAGAAUACAACCCAAAGCGUUUUGCCGCUGUUAUUAUGAGGAUAAGAGAACCAAAAACGACAGCACUGAUUUUUGCUUCUGGGAAGAUGGUUUGUACAGGAGCAAAGAGUGAACAACAAUCAAAAUUAGCGGCACGAAAGUAUGCUCGAAUUAUACAAAAACUUGGUUUCCCGGCAAAAUUUAAGGAUUUCAAGAUCCAGAACAUAGUUGGAUCAUGUGAUGUGAAAUUUCCAAUUAGACUUGAAGGGCUUGCAUACUCUCAUGGUGCUUUCUCAAGUUACGAGCCGGAAUUAUUCCCUGGAUUGAUUUAUCGGAUGAAACAACCUAAAAUCGUGUUGCUCAUCUUUGUUUCUGGGAAAAUUGUUCUUACCGGAGCUAAGGUUAGAGAAGAGACAUACACCGCCUUUGAGAAUAUAUAUCCUGUGCUAACCGAGUUCCGAAAGAACCAACAAUGAUUUCUAAACAUCUGGGCAUGCAGGAAUAUCAUAAAAUCAACGAUGCCGCCUUUUUACAAAUUGGCACAACAUAGACGAGGCAUCGGUGAGCCAACAAAUAGAGAGUUCUGCUUAUCUUUUUGCUAGAAUAGGUUUUUUGAGUGUUUUGUUGGAGACAAUUUUGGCAAGGAUUGUUCCCCUGUAGCUUCAAAACAGUAACAUAAAUUUCAAAAUUGAAUUGAUCGAUCAACGAGCUCGUAUAUCCUUACGUAAAACAUAUAUUUUCAGUCUUGAUAUACAAUUAUGCCACUCUACUCAUUAAUCAACAUAGAACAUAAUAUUGAAACAUGAAACCAAAACAGAAAAUGGUAUGGAGAA